CUUCUCGUCGAAAAUCAAAUGUCACUUCCCACACACAAAUAAAAUCCAAAUCCAUUCACGUACUAAAUAAAAGAUCUCAAACCCUAAUUCACUAGGGUUUUUAUAAUUACUAUAUUUUUUGAUAUCUUCAUCUUUAAAUCAAAUCUAAUCCUCUUAUCCAUUGUAAUUACUGGAUUAAAUCUACCUGUAUAUACGCAUGAAACCCUAAACUCGCCAAAUUGCAAGCCAUUUUGGAUCUGCGAUUCUGAUUCUGAUUCUGAUUCUGAUUUUUUCUUCAAUGGCGGAUCAAGAAGAAGAGGAGUUGAGAGUGGCUCUAAGAAUGAGCAUGCAAAACUCGCCUCCUGAACCUAAGCGAAGCAAGCCGAGAGACGCUGGAGCUCCUGCGGCGUCACCAGAGGAAUCGAGGCGGAUACAACGAGAGCUCAUGGCAGCGGCCGCUGAGAAGCGGAUGAUCGCAACGAGAAUUGCCUCCCCUUCUCCUUCCUUGUCGUCUUCUCCUUCUCCUUCUCCUUCUCCUUCACCUUCACCUUCACCUUCGAAAGCAACAAUUGAUAGAAAUCCUGGUAAAAGUGCGGACUGUGUUAGAAAGGAGGUGAAUUUUGGUGCGAAAGAGGGGAAUUCGGGACUGGAAUUAUCGAGUGAGGAAGUUAAUCAGUUGUUUUCGAUGGUGUUUGGGAGCGGAGUUUCGAAGGACAUUCUUGCUCAGUGGAGUAACCAGGGCAUAAGGUUUAGUCCUGAUCCAGAAACAUCUAUGGGCCUAGUGCAGCAUGAAGGCGGUCCCUGUGGCGUCUUAGCAACUAUACAAGCAUUUGUUCUCAAAUACCUUCUUUUCUUUCCGAAUGAAAUAGGCAAAGUUACAUCAAAUGCGCCACAAAAUUUAGGCCCUGGAAGAUUGUCUAAAGGCCAAUAUGUUGCAUCGGAUAAUUUUGGUUCUCUCACUGAAGAUGCAAAAGCAAGAGCCCUGGUCAAAAGCAUGGGCGAGAUAUUGUUUAUGUGUGGGGAUAAUAAAAGAGCUGUGAUUGCCACUUUGAAUGUUGUUGGCCACACCAAGGGCUUUGCAAAGAACGAGAUUGUUGCAAAAGCACUUGAGGGUCUUUCAAUUGAAUCUGCCUUUGAUUUGCAAAAAAUUCUAAGAAUCGAAACACAUACAUCACAAGCAAGUGCAUUGCAGAAGCUUCAUAAGGCACUUCCUGUUUUCCAAUCUCGUAUGGGGGCACUGCUGUUCCUUAUUUCUGCAUUACUGUCCCGGGGAUUGGACUCCAUUCAAUCUGACAGGGACGAUCCCAGCCUUCCCCUAGUCACUGCACCUUUUGGGCAUGCUUCACAGGAAAUUGUGAACCUUUUGCUCUGUGGACAGGCUGUCCCUAAUGUAUUUGACGGUAGGAUGGACUUAGGUGGAGGCAUGUUUCUAAAGGGCGUAUUCACAAGUGUGGAAGUUGGAUUUCUCACUCUACUAGAAUCCCUUAAUUUUUGUAAGGUUGGCCAGCAUCUAAAAUGCCCUAAAUGGCCAAUAUGGGUUGUAGGAAGUGAAUCCCAUUAUACAGUUCUAUUUGCUCUUGACACCACUGUUCAAGAUGAGAAUGAGCUGGAAGAAAGGGAAUCACAGAUCCGGAGGGCAUUUGAUGCACAAGAUCAGAGUGGCGGCGGUGGCUUUAUCAGUGUUGAAGGUUUCCAUCAAGUCCUUAGGGAAGCAGGAAUUAGACUUCCAUCCGAGAAACUUGAUCACCUUUGCAGCACUGGCUUUAUUGUAUGGAGUGAGUUCUGGCAGGUUAUUUUGGACUUGGACAAAAGUUUGGGAGGCCUUAAGGAUUCAAGUGGGUUAAUGGGUAAGAAGGUGUUUGAUCUUUACCAUUUUAAUGGGAUUGCAAAAUCUGAUUUAAAUGGAAGCCACACAACCUCUGGGGGUGAAACACCAGUUCAGAGACCUAGGCUCACAAAAUUGAGGGUUUCAGUUCCACCAAGGUGGACUCCCGAGGAAUUCAUGGCAGAUGUGGUAGUGACUUCUGGGCCUGUUGGGAACGAAUCAAGUGGUAAAGACACUGAGGUGACAAAACCUGAGCCUUCCCAGCAUGCACCACUGGUGGACUGUAUUAGAACACGCUGGUCGCGUGCAGUUUGCAAUUGGGUGGGGGAUCCGCCUAGUAUAGUGUGAAUGUUUACCCAUUUUGUGAUCCUUUAGCGUGCUCCUGUUGGUGGAAACACAGAUGGCAUAUAAUCCAAGAACAAUCACAAAAAAAAAAUCAGGGUAAGGCAUCCUCUUUUAAAUUAAGCAGGGGGGGGGGGGGGGUCAUGAUAUUAUCUUUUGCAAGUAUGUGCAACACCAUUUUCUGCUGUGGAUUGUUGUAGCCUGCUCAUUCUAAUUCGAUCUUGAUAAUGUUAGAUACUCUGAAAGGGAGGUAUACUGUCAUGUUUAAUGGCAAUCUGAUGUGUAAAAUUCGUUUAUAUUGCCUUUGUGUUGAUUUGGAAAGCCUUUGGCGAGGGAUUGUAGGAAUGCCAAAAUAAUCAUGCAUGUUCUUGCGGUUGAAUAUGUUGUAACAGUUAAACUCUGCCCUGGAGGAACGCAAAAGGGCAACGGAACAGAGUUCUUAUUGGAGAGUUAUUAGAUCUAAGGGAGAGAUCCUGUUGUCAUA